AGGAAAUAUAAAAGAGCGAUAGAAAAGUAUCAGAAGGAUGCGAAAGAUCAAAAUGUCAUAUUACAAUAACAGUAGAUUUACAAAAGGUAAUAGCAUCUUACUUUUAUUGAAAUUAUUGUUUAUUGUUAUCUUAUUUUGUUUCAGGUCGUUAUGUUGCCCAGAUGCGACACUUUCAAAGAAGUUAUUUUUGUUCCAUAUGGCUUAUUGCUUUUAACGAAACCUUUAUGCCUGCAGGAAAAGCACAUAUUUUGAAUCCAACUGCAGUCGUAUGGCACGAGGCCCUAAUGGGGCGGAGAAAGGAAAACAUAAUAGAUACAUUUUACGCAUUUUUUCUCACCGUUCGUGAUAUUGAAAACGUCACUUUGUGGCUAGAUAACUGUUCAGCACAAAACAAGAACUGGACCUUAUAUUGUUUUUUUAUUUAUCUCAUUAAUUCCAAUGAAACUGCUCUAAAGACUUUAGAGUUAAAAUAUUUCGAACCAGGACACACGUUCAUGGCCGCUGAUGCAUUUCAUCACCAAGUCGAAGCAUCCCUGAAACGUAAAGGACGUGUAUAUGAUUUUGCCGAUUUUGUAGAUGCUGUUCAAAAAGCCAGGCGCACCUCUAAUGUCAUUCAAAUGAUAUUAGAAAAGAUGUUUGCCUGGAGAGACGGUACGUCGCAAUAUAAAUUAAAAAAAAUUAUUCCCAGGCCGUAUCUAAGCGAAAUGGUACAAGUCACUUUUAGCAGAGGUCAUAACACACUCACCUACAAAACGUCUUUUGAAGAGGAAUCUGGCACAGAAAUAAAUAUUUUGAAUGCUCAUGAUCACAAACAUGGCAUUCGUAAACCAGAAAACCAAUUGCAGUACAGGGGAAUUAGUUCAGAGAGAAAACGAACUUUAUUAAACAAAUUAUCUCCUAUUAUACCUCCACUCAGAUUAUUAUUUUGGGAGACUCUGCCAGAGACUGUCAACGAGGAACCACUUACCGAUGAAUUGUAUUUUUAUGAAUAUUUUUUGUAUUAG